AUGAGACCUACUCAGAUCCUCCAGGGCGGCGGCGCCCCUGCACCCAAGCAAGGCCACUGGCUCGGCGACUGGGGUUCCUUUGGUGGUGCCAAGCAGAAGGGCAUCAUCGACUACGGUAUCUCCGCCAACCGUCAGAACCCCUUUGCCGGCGCUGCCCACGAUGCCAUCUUCAACACCUUCCGCCGCACCAAGGCCCAGAUCUUCUACUGGCUCCCUCCCAUGCUGGCCGGCUACUACCUGUUGAACUGGGCUACCGAGAGAAACCACUACCUCAACUCCAAGGCUGGCCGUGCUGAGUUUGCCGACGAGGAGGAGUAA